GAGAGAGCGAGAGAGACACAUAUUUAACCCCUCAAACGCCGUGGCCAGUCGAUUCAACAGAUGCAAACAACGUUCAUUUUACGGUACCUGAUAUGAUCGACACUAUACAGGAAUAUGUCAACCUAAAUGAUAAAAUGCGGAUGAUAUUAAAUCGUUCGGGAUCUAGCUCGCUAGCCAGUAGUAGCUGUGUUAUCGUCUAGCUAACGUUCGUUUAAGUCGCAGUAACUGUUACCGAGGUGGAGUGGCUAGCUUGUCAGCUGGUGAUGGUGAAACAGGAGGAGCGGUGUGAAUGUAAUACAUUAAUCAUUAGCUAGCAAAUGUAGCUAGCUGGCUAGAUUAUCACACUAGGUAGUCCUUCGCUAUCAACUGUUCUGUUGUGAAUGAUCAAUUACAACUGAGCUCUCUAGUCUAGUUAACGUUAGUUAGCUAGGUUUGCCAUUCAUUGCCAUUAUUGUCAUCCAACGUGUCAAUAAGUGCAUUUUGGUCGUUUUGAUCGACAAACUGUUGCUCAGCUAGCACAGCUAUUGUUGACAAAUCGCAAGGAAAUGGUUUUGAGGAGCUGUUGUACAUUUGGCCAAGUUUUAGUCUGGUUCCGACUUGGUUAUGUGGUGCUGUUGUGGUUAUGUGUAACCCACUUUCGGUGCGCACGGGCAGAAACUAAAACGGUGGUCCAAAAAGAUGCAGAGUUUGAUGUUACCUACAACGAUACGGUUACGAGUGACAACCAAACCAUCUAUGCCUUCAAUCACACCGUCUCCAGAAACAAGGUGAGUACAUAGUUCAGGUCACAAAUCCCACUUUGUUCUUCGAUCCUGCUUUUGCACAAACCCCCACGGUAUGGCGUUUGUUGCAGCCUAGUGCUAACACACCUGUUUCAACUAAUCAUGUUAGUACUAGGCUGCAAUUAAACCUGCGCAUCCGGUCCCCAGUACUAGGAUUCAAGAACACUCAACUACUGUCUUGUUAUGAGUAGCCUAAUUUGGUUUUAUAGUAAGAUAGGAUUGCGAAAAGUGAUCAAUACAAAACUUGAGUGUGCAGGUGUAUGUUUGUGAUGGGUGUGUGCGCGUAUGUAUUGUAUGUUGUUUUACUUAGAUACAGUGAGUUUCUCUAACCCUCUCUCCCUGCCCUGGCAGACGGAGGGGGUCCGUGUGACUGUGGACGUACUGUCGGAGGGGGCAGUGAGCAGUCCCAUCCUGUUUGUGGUCAGACAGAAGCAGGCCGUGCUGUCCUUCCAGGUCCCCCUCAUACUGCGUGGACUGUGAGUAGCCUACCCUGCUGGCACACCUGGGGUGCGUUCAGCAGGACACAAUGUCAUGGAACGUUCAGACCGAAGCAUUAUGAUAUGUAGAACAAACAUGCAUCUCUGACAUGUAGAAUAAGGACUCAAGUCGGCUCUAAUCAAGACAUUUCUAUCUGCAACGUUCCACAAUGUUGUGCCCUACUGAAUGCAGCCCUGGCACAUCCUGGUUCUGUCCCUGUAUUAUGUCACCACACCAUUUUAAUAUGUCAAUAUCCAUUUGAGAUGCACCUGGGCAUAUUCAUCUAGAGUGGAGAGGAAGUGUGAUACAUGGUUUGGUAUUAAAUUGUCAAGUUCAAUCAAAGAAAACAACAGAAACCAACAGGCCAUACAGUUGUGCAGCCUCGUCCUAGAUGUUGUAGAGGUUUUGUUUCUCCUUGAGUGUGUUUUUGCUGUGUUUCAUUAUGUAGGCUAGAUAUAUUGACUUAGUCGCGGGUUGAAGAUACAAUGAGCACCAAAAGUAUUGGGACAGUGACACAUUUUUGUUUGUUUUGGCUCUGUACUCCAGCACUUUGGAUUUUAAAUGAUACAAGUGCAGACUGUCAGCUUUAAUUUUAGGGUAUUUUCAACCAUACAUAGUCCCCCCCCCCAUUUUAGGGGACCAAAAGUAUUGGGACAAAUUCACUUGUGUAUCAAAGUAGUCAAAAGUUUAGUAUUUGGUCCCAUUAUCCUAGCACGCAAUGAUUACAUCAAUUUCUAUUGGGCACAAAAUAAUCUGAAACCAAAACAAACAGCAAAUGGGGGAACUAUGUACAGAAAGUGCCGUAAUUUCGAAAUGGUUCACCCAAUGUGGAUGAAAAUACCCUCAAAUUAAAGCUGACAGUCUGCACUUCAACCGCAUAGUCCUUGUAUCAUUUCAAAUCCAAAGUGCUGAAGUACAGAGCCAAAACAAAAUGUCACGGUCCCAAUACUUUUGGAGCUCACUGUAUGAUAAACAUUACAGAGAGAUAUGCAGUAGAAGUACUGAAUGGGUCAACUGAAGGGAGUUGUGGCAGGGCAAGAAGACAUACAAAGAAAAAUAACUGCAAAUCCUCUAUCUGGCGGUUAGGAGUAUUGGGCCAGUAACCGAAAGGUUGCUGUUCGAAUCCCCAAGCCGACAUGGUAAAAUCUGUCGUUCUGCCCCUGAGCAAGGUCAUUAACCCUAAUCGCUCCAGGGUUGCCGUCAAUGGAUGAUCCCUGGCCUUGACCCCACUCUCUGAGGGUGUCUCAGGGGGAGUGGGAUAUGCAGUGAAACACGACUAUAUAAGCACCCCCUAAUUAUUAUAUGAUGUAGCCUAGGUCUAAGUGUUUAGCCUGAAUGCGGAGUCUACCUGUUGGAUCAGUGUAUCAUUUUAAAAAAAUUAUACAGUAUCCCAGGGUCUCCCAAACAUACAGUAUCCCAGGGUCUCCCAAACUUGGUCCUCGGGACACGAAGCGGUGCUCGUUUUGGUGUUUGCCCUAGCACUACACAGCUGAUUUUAAAUAAUCAACUAAUCAUCAAGCUUUGAUCAUUUGAAUUAGCUGUGUAGUGCUAGGGCAAAAACCAAAACGUGCCCCCCUUGGGGUCCCGAGGACCAAGUUUGGAAAACGCUACAGUAGCCUGUCUUUCAUGGCUUAAUAUAAUCCAUGGACUUACCAGAACAUCCAUGUCAGGUGAUAAAGCCAUCUAGUUGAGAGUGAGUCAUCGUUGAACCUUGAACUUUCACUUCCACAUAAGCAUAAAGCAUAGGCCUAAUUUCCCAUAGACACUAGCCAUAAUUACAGUACUUGCUAGGUUGUUGGGGUUUGGGAAGUUGCAGACCGUGGGUAUUUGUCAUUUACACAAUUUUUUUUGUUAACACAAUUUGACAGGCCAAUUCUCAGUUCCUUUUUCAGCAGUGGUUCUUCUUAUCAUAAUUUCCCCACCAUUGGUACUGUUAUGAGCUGUCUGCAAUGGUCAUGGUUGUUUAGUUCAACCUUAAAAUGGCUUAGGCUGCGUAAUAUGAAAUGGCACCCUAUUUUCCCUAUUUUUACAUUUUAGUCAUUUAGCAGAUGCUCUUAUCCAGAGCAAUUUACAGCAGCAAUUAGGGUUAAGUGCCUUGCUCAAAGGCACAUCGACAGAUUUUUCACCUAGUCGGCUCGGGGAUUAGAACCAGCGACCUUUCGGUUACUGGCACAACGCUCUUAACCACUAAGCGCUACGUAAGUGCUAUAUAAUAUAUAUAUAUAUAUACACACACACACAGUGGGGAGAACAAGUAUUUGAUACACUGCCGAUUUUGCAGGUUUUCCUACUUACAAAGCAUGUAGAGGUCUGUAAUUUUUAUCAUAGGUACACUUCAACUGUGAGAGAUGGAAUCUAAAACAAAAAUCCAGAAAAUCACAUUGUAUGAUUUUUUAAAGUAAUUAAUUUGCAUUUUAUUGCAUGAUAUAAGUAUUUGAUCACCUACCAACCAGUAAGAAUUCCGGCUCUCACAGACCUGUUAGUUUUUCUUUAAGAAGCCCUCCUGUUCUCCACUCAUUACCUGUAUUAACUGCACCUGUUUGAACUCGUUACCUGUAUAAAAGACACCUGUCCACACACUCAAUCAAACAGACUCCAACAUCUCCACAAUGGCCAAGACCAGAGAGCUGUGUAAGGACAUCAGGGAUAAAAUUGUAGACCUGCACAAGGCUGGGAUGGGCUACAGGACAAUAGGCAAGCAGCUUGGUGAGAAGGCAACAACUGUUGGCGCAAUUAUUAGAAAAUGGAAGAAGUUCAAGAUGACGGUCAAUCACCCUCGGUCUGGGGCUCCAUGCAAGAUCUCACCUUGUGGGGCAUCAAUGAUCAUGAGGAAGGUGAGGGAUCAGCCCAGAACUACACGGCAGGACCUGGUCAAUGACCUGAAGAGAGCUGGGACCACAGUCUCAAAGAAAACCAUUAGUAACACACUACGCCGUCAUGGAUUAAAAUCCUGCAGCGCACGCAAGGUCCCCCUGCUCAAGCCAGCGCAUGUCCAGGCCCGUCUGAAGUUUGCCAAUGACCAUCUGGAUGAUCCAGAGGAGGAAUGGGAGAAGGUCAUGUGGUCUGAUAAGACAAAAAUAUAGCUUUUUGGUCUAAACUCCACUCGCCGUGUUUGGAGGAAGAAGAAGGAUGAGUACAACCCCAAGAACACCAUCCCAACCGUUUCUGUACCAAAUAUUAAGUUCUGCUUUUCCUAUGGACCCUGCUCAAAAGUAGUGCAAUUUAUGACACUACAUGGAUGAUUGGGAUAGGGUGCAAUUUUGGACGUGACCUAGUCUAAUACAGGCCUUUUAUGUUCUAUGAGCUCAAGUCUGUCAUCAUGAUUUGUAUAUUGAGCUACCCUCUUGGCCAGGCCUCCCUUAUAAAAGAGGUCUUCUGACCUCAAUGGGACUUCCUGGAUGAAUAAAAAUGGAAACAGAAAUGAGUGGAGAAGUAUCUCUUUGCCCCCCCCCUCCUUGCCACAGGUACCAGAGGAAGUACCCCUAUGCCCAUGUGGGCCGAACGCUGUGCCAGCCCCCCACCCGCACCCUCACCGAGACCCAGUACUUCUUUGUGGACGUGUCCACCUUGUCCAGCUUGGGAACCCAGUACCAGCUGAGGAUCAGCCGCGUGGACAGCUUCACCCUGCAGUGAGUCAUCUUCAUCAGGGAUCAUUACCAUCAUGCUAGCUAGCCGAGCGAAUACGUGAUAUCUGAUAUCUGGUUGCGGAGCUGCAUCACUUACACAGCCUCCCACAGCAGUACAUAUUCAAUACUCUCAGUCAUCAUAGUGUAUAUCACUAUCAUGCUACUGCGCAGAGUUGGUCUAAUUUGCAUUGAAUACUGCCUUCUUGCCUACACACAAUCGUGACUGCCUAUUUCUACAGCAGCAUCACUCAUAGAUUAGAGAUGGCGUACUGUAUGUGUGACCUGACCUAAUGUCUUCUUCAUUACAGUACAGACAAAAAGUUCAGCUUCACUGCCUCACCAUCCCAACCCCAGGUAAGAAACAUAGUCACUCACACCCAUACGCACACAGCAUAUUUCCCUUAAAACACUUCUACUGCACAUGUGGCCAUGAGAGGUGUGUGUGGGUGGAGAAGACGGUUGGGUACUACCUCCUUACAGUGCCUAAGUCUAAAGGCCAGGGCCAAGAAGGGGAUUGAGAUUAAAGAAGGAAUGUGUGUGCGUGAUCUGUUGAGGUGUUGCAUAACAGAGAUGUCGAGAAAAUAUAUAUUGUUACAUCAUACAUUUUGUGUGUACACAUGUUGUGCGUUUGAUCCCUUUUUUAAUUAUAACUCUGUUUUUCUCUCUCAGUACUUCAAAUAUGUGUUCCCUGACGGAGUGGACACGGUCAUCGUCAAGGUCAACUCUGAGAUGACCUUCCCGUGCUCUGUCAUGUCCAUCCAGGACAUACAGGUAAACUAACUUGACCAAACCUGUUCAUUAGGCACCAGAGGUGGGACCAAGUCACUCUUAUUCGAGUCACAAGCAAGUCUCAAGUCACAAGGUCCGAGUCUCAAGUCGAGUCCCAAGUAGAACAGGUCAAGUCCAAGUCGUGCAUUCUAAGAGCGAAUCGAGUGAUACGUUUUCAAGUCAACUAUUUAUCGAGGCUACAGGACAGCCCUUUUCAUUAUUUAGUCUACAACACAUUUUGAUUAGCCUAUGUAAUUGUAAAAUAUGGACCUUGUAGCAGUCGUAAGGGCAUGAAAUCAGCGGAAGGCAAGGCAGGUUGAAGUGCUCAGUGUAGAUGUAUUUACAGGUCUUGGUGAUCCAAUGGUGAAAGUGCCAUAUCAUACAAAAUAUACAAGUAGAUUUACCAAAUAUACAUGGGCAAUAGCCCAAAAGAAAUAGCCUCUGUAUCAGGCUUAUUAACCUGUCCUAUCUGAAUGGACACAGGUAGAGGGCAAGACUGUACAGCCUCGCCUUGAGAAACCAAAUCGAAUCUGUCUAACAGGAGCUCAAACAGGUAGACCUGCAUGAAUAAUAUAAGCACUUGGACCCCAGGACCAUACAAUUACCCAAUUGGCAAUUACAACCAAUAAACUGGUUCUACAAUGUAAAAGGCAAUUUCCACAUCCAUUGUUACAUUGGUACAUUCGUCUUAAUCAGAUUGAAUGAUUAUUAAUGAUAUUUCAACACAAUGCAUACAUGGAACAAUCAUUUUAUCUUAUUCAACGUUCUGACUACAAAGCAUGGAGCGUAGGUAACGUAGCCUAUUUCUAUGCUCACUGAGGCGCGCACAACCAGAAUGAGAGAGACUAAUGGUGCUUUCAAGACAACUGGGAACUCUGAAAAAUAUGAGGUCAAAUCAUGACAUCAGUGAUCUUCAGGUCUGAAAGUCGGAGCUCUAGAAAGAGGCCCGAGUUCCCGAGAUGGAAUUCUGAGUUGGAUGACCGUUCAAAACGAUUUUUCCCAGUCGGAGUUCGUUUUUUUCAGAGUUCCCAGUAGUCUUGAACGCGGCAAUAGGAAGACACGGAACCCGUACAAAGGAAACCAUAUAUUUAAUUAAAUAAACAGAACUUCUACCUCAUGAGUCUUGUGAAUGUUCAUGGGCACAGUAAACAUCACGCCACUCAGUGGGUAAGAAAUGGUUGGCAAAAUGAAAAUGUAUCGUAGUCCUAUGAAACAGAAAUGUGUAUGUGUUGCAAUAAACGGUACGGGUUUGGAAUUAUUUCAAAUGAUUUUAGUAUUAGAUGGAAUAUAGAUUAACCACAGGGCCUAUGCACGUGUGAAAGCAACAGCAAACAUGUCAACAAGAGGAAAAAAGCACUUGCCACUGGCGGGAGUUUGGAGAGUGCAAUUGAAGAGCCUCGCCAAUGGUGCGUCUUCGCCACAGUAAUAAUUCAUUUUAACAACAAAUUCCAAAUGCAAGCUUCAUGAAUAAAUGAUCAAUUUCAAGCAAUUGUUACAUACCAAAAGACCAGUAAGCCUAUGCUAGUCAUUGUUACCCCAUUGCUGAUGAGCUUGCAAAGUAAACAGUUAAUAUUCUUGAUCACCAAACAAUUUUUGGAGCUGCAUAUUUAUUUAUUAUGGCAAUCCUCUUCCUACAGUUUGAGGUUUGCGCUGCACCCGAUCCUAUAGCUUGUACAGCAAAUCAGCAAUCAGUUUGCUAGCUCACCCAACCUGUGUUGAUUGAGUUUGCUGGUCCAAUCAGAGUGCAGAGUGUGCGUUUCACUAGCCAAUCUGUUUUAGGUUUUUUUGCAAGGGCGAUGCUGCAGGUACUGUCUCUGGCUGCGUGUGGAAUAAUCCACGUAGACUCUGUGCCACAAAAUGAGUGACAGACAAAACAUUACAAAACCUGGCCAGAUAAAUUCAAGUAAUCAGUCUCAAGUCAAAGUUGAGUCCCGAGUCUUGAGGCUCCAAGUCAAGUCAUUUUAUUUUAUAUUGAGUCUCAAGUCAUCAUGUGACUCGAGUCCACAACUGUUAGACACCAAUCGGAAGUAAGCAAACUGAAACAGGGACUGUUGAGAAACGCUAAAAUAAACACUUGUUUUAGUUUUCUGUUGCAAAACUUUUUGCUAUGGUGUACCCUAAUGAAUAUGGCCAUGACCUUAAGUCUACCUGCAUCUACUGACCUCACAUGACAUCACCGAACUGUGGUCCCUCAGCCUAUUGUCUCCAAUGGCUAGCCUCCGAUUCAUCACACAAGGACAGUGUUGAGUUCAUUCUGAGCACCCCAGCAACCACUGACUAAACAGCUGCGAAUUAACUUGUGAAAUGCACUUGUUUUACCCUAAAGCAGCUUGAAGCUGUGAAAGAGAGGUGUUACUAAAACGCAAUGUAAAGCUCUGUCUGGUGUGUAAUCAGCUCACACUAGGGGGAGGGGGGUUCUCUGAAAUAUAGGCCAAUCUAGAAAUCUGCAUUCUACACACUUGAUGGGGAGUGCAGAGGUGCCUGUUGCCGUGGCAACCACAUUAGCCCUGGCUGCACCUGUUCUUCACUCAGGCAGACACACGCAUACAGACAGACACUCGUUCCUCUCUGAUUGCGAAAUUCUGUGUUCUACCUUCUCAACAGUGCCCAGUGUAUGACUUGGAUAACAACGUGGCCUUCAUUGGCAUGUAUCAAACCAUGACCAAGACAGCUGCCAUCACUGUCCAGGUAAAAUACACACAAACACACACACUGGAGAGAUCAGGUAAUUGUUCAAUAAAUACAUUUUUACAACUCACUUGCCACAAUGGACAACCAUUGAAUCUACUCUCUCUCUCUCUCUCUCGUUCCCCCUCUCCCCUUUUCUUCUCUCGUGGCUCUCAGAGGAAGGACUUCCCUAGUAACAGUUUCUAUGUGGUGGUGGUGGUGAAGACUGAGGACGAGGCAUGUGGGGGUCCCCUGCGCUUCUACCCCCUCCGUCCAGAUGAGCUCACCGAUGCCGGCAACCGCAGUAAAACUCUGGACGUGGUCGUCUCACCUGCUAUCAACUGUGAGUCACUCAGCCAGGCAGGCCAAAGGACUUCAGCGCCAUCAAACAGUACAUCAAUGUAGCAGAGAGAAAUGUUAAUGUCGGACUCUCUUUCUAUUCAUCUCUGUUUCUCUCUAACACCUUCUCUCUCUUUCGCUCUCUCUCUCGUCCUCUCUCUCUUGCUCUCUCUUCCGCUCUCCUUUCUCGGUCUUCCUCUCUCUAUCCCUGUCUCUCUCCCCCUCUCGCUCUCCCUCUCUAUCCCCCUCUCUCCGUCUCAGCGGAUGUGUACGUGAUGGGCAUGCUAUUCUGCCUGAGCAUCUUCCUGUCCUUCUACCUGCUCACCUUCCUGGUGGCUUGUGUGGAGAACAAGAGGUCUGUUGAUCGCUUCACUGUCAAAUACAGUAAGUACAUUAUUUCAUACACUGUCAUAUAGAGGCUUUGGAACUCAAGUGUGUCUCUCUGGGUCUUUUCUCUGGUCAGGAUGCACAGGAGGAGGGAGGGGCUUCUGAACCCAGUGGUCAUGUCGCCCACGGAGACAGGUAUCCCAGCAACCCACUACAAUGGCACAUUCCAGAAGGGUGUACAGGGGAGAGAACUAUCUCUGUAACUCCGUAUUUAAGAUUGAAAAUGUGUUUAAGAUGGAUGCGUACCAUUAACAGUUGCCCCAUCAGAUGAAGGAUUACUGAUCUAUUUCUCUAGGUUUUAUAUUUGAAUUUGUCGAUUUUGCUUUCUCCCCAUGCUAAUCUUUGGCUCAGCCUCUCUACUGGGUAAGAAUGGAGUUGGAGUAGUGAGAUAUUGCCUGUGACUGAGCUUCUCGCACAGUUUCACUCUACUUAUUACCCUUCGUGCACGCUAUAUACAUUAUUACACCCAUCUCAGUCAUUAUCACCAGUAUGAUGUCAUCCAGUGGAGGGAUGACAGCUUAUCAUCUGGGUGGAUGAGGAAUCAUCAUCAUCAUGCAUGUCUAAUGAAUGACCUGCACCACUGUUGGGGUCAAUUCAAAUUCAGGAAGUGAUUUCAUUUUAAAAUAUGGAAAAACAUUUGAAAUAUAUAUGUUCUCCUUCUCAGUUUGAGAAGUCAUUGAAAAUACAAGCCCCUUUUUCAAUUAUUGAUUUUGAAUUUCAGUUUACUUCCUGAGUUGCCUGACUUCACAGCAUUGUCCAGUGCAUGGAUUGGAUGGUCAUGCAUUGGAUGAUAUGAUGGUUACGGUGGUUUGGUUCCAAUGGGAGUCUGACUGAAAAGGACUUCUGUUUCAAUAGUCACUCCUUAUCUCCCAUUGGACUCACACCCUAGGGUACUGAUUAGCACCCUUGCAUUAACCCUUGCCUCACUUUUCAACCUUGCCUCUGAACCCACAGGGCAUGGUGUGGCCUCUAACUAACCAUUCAUCUAGAUGCUGUGGUAGUGUGUAGACUACUAACUGCUAUGGUGUCAUGUGUUUUGUGUGUGUGUGUGUGUGUGUGUGUUUGUUUGACAUUAUCUCUACCUGUUACCACAGGAAAACCAGGUGUGACUCCAGUCUCCCCCUAUGGAUACGGUUGCUUUGGUGAGUGAGUGUAUGCUCAUUUACUUCACAAGUGUGACGAUGUUUGAAAUGUUUUGAAUGAAAAUAUUGUCAAUCAAUGUAGCUAACUGAGGAUGACAGGGAUUCCACUGUUGUAGUUCUGUUGUCUCAUUGCUUUGUUUCUGCACAUGGUUUUCCUCGUGAAUGUGCAUUCCUUCCCUACUUCCCACAAAUCUAAAAGCAUUGGAUUGGGGGAGUCAUGGACUAGUUGCACUUUUCACCAUAUUUCUUUUACCAGUAAUUUCCUUUCAAAUCAGUGAAGGGAAGUGAACAAGCACACACUUUGGGAGGAAGGAGAGAUAAUUGGGACAUAGCCAAAGUGAAUACUUACACCACUUCAAGCACUCUUUAAUGUUGUUUCCCUCUGGUAUUGUUUCUACAGCGGACAACGCCAGCACGUUGAGCUCAGAGGCCAUCACAGACAGCAUAGCAUCAGAUGCCAACUACGGAUACAUGGGUAUGGAUCAGAAUGACCAAAUACAGAUGCAUAUUUACACACACACACACACUUAUACUGUACACACACCGAUGUGCAAAUACACACAAUGGGUCAACAUGGCACAAAAUCCGUCUUCAAGUUAUGUUGCACAGCAUUUCACCACCAAACUGGCCCUUGAUUGGAGGGCUGCAGAGUGCUCUUGUUUCUUAUUGGUUUAUCUGUGUUUGUUUAUCAGGACAGGAGACUUUGAAACGCAGACCAUUCCUAACUGCCAUCCACCACGUAGCCAUCUGCAUUGGUGACACUCACUGCCUUAAUCAGCCAGCCAAUUGCAUCCCUUCACUGUAUGAAUCGGCACCAUGUCAAUCACUUUGGAAUGUGUUCAAGAUCUAUACGCCUUUUGAUGUAAUUUAAUGCUCUGAUGACCACAGAUGGAGACCUCAACCAAAACGAUCACAUAUGGUCAACAAUCAUGUUUGACUGUAUGCGGAGAUAAUGAUGGAAUGUUGAGGAUGAUUUCAAUGAUACAUUUUGCAAUUAUCAGGAAUGCGUCAUUGGGCAGAAUCACCAAUCUAUUUAAUACGUCCCAAAUCAGAAAAAAAAAAAUCUAAGCCGUAAAACAUAAAAACUAUAAAAUCGAGAAAUAUAACCCUCAGUCACUGACAAACUUAGUUACUGUUUCCUCUCUCUCUCUCUCUCUCUCUCUCUCUCUCUCUCUCUCUCUCUCUCUCUCUCUCUCUCUCUCUCUCUCUCUCUCUCUCUCUCUCUCUCUCUCUCUCUCUCUCUCUCUCCGUCUCUCAGAGCGUUCGUUGGAGAGUGUUACGGGUCGUAGUCGUCAGGAGUCUCUGAGCUCAGUAGAGGAGGAUGACUAUGACACGUUGGCCGACAUCGACUCGGACAAGAACAUCGUCCGCACCAAGGUCUGGCCCGUCCCCCCUCUACCUCUCCUCCCCUGUGCAUCACUCAAUAUUAUACUCAUCUUCUGUUGUUUUUGUUUACUUUUUCCCUCCCAAUGAAACUCUUGUGGUCGCUUGUCCUUUUGCAGAAGUACCUGUGUGUGUCGGACCUCGCUCGCAAGGACAAGAGGGUUCUGAGUAAAAAGUACCAGAUCUACUUCUGGUGAGUGGGACUGAGAGUUACCUCAAAACCUGUACAUCAAUGCUGGGGCUAUAACCCUAUGGCACCCUCCACUCUAUCAGUACUCUAGUCAAAUGCAUGAUAACAAAUCAAAUGAAAAUGUAUUUGUCACAUACAUGUGUUUAGCAGAUGUUAUAGCGGGUGUAGCGAAAUGCUUGUGCUUCUAGCUCCGGCAGUGCAGUAAUAUCUAACAAGUAAUAUCUAACAAUUUCACAACAAUUAGCUUGUGAUCAGUUGCUUAUUUGGAUAGGGAAGUAAGUUUGUUUUGUAUCAGUCAGAGUGUAUAGUAAUUGUACAACUAUCAGUGUCAUCAAAUCAAAUUUUAUUGGUCACAUGCGCCGAAUACAACAGGUGCAGACAUUACAGUGAAAUGCUUACUUACAGCCCUUAACCAACAGUGCAUUUAUUUUAAACAAAAAAAGUAAGAAUAAAACAACAACAAAAAAGUGUUGAGAAAAAAGAGCAGAAGUAAAAUAAAGUGACAGUAGGGAGGCUAUAUAUACAGGGGGGUACCGUUGCAGAGUCAAUGUGCGGGGGCACCGGCUAGUUGAGGUAAUAUGUACAUGUGGGUAGAGUUAAAGUGACUAUGCAUAAAUACUUAACAGAGUAGCAGCAGCGUAAAAAGGAUGGGGUGGGGGGGCAGUGCAAAUAGUCCGGGUAGCCAUGAUUAGCUGUUCAGGAGUCUUAUGGCUUGGGGGUAGAAGCUGUUGAGAAGUCUUUUGGACCUAGAUUUGGCACUCCGGUACCGCUUGCCGUGCGGUAGCAGAGAGAACAGUCUAUGACUAGGGUGGCUGGAGUCUUUGACAAUUUUGAGGGCCUUCCUCUGACACCGCCUGGUAUAGAGGUCCUGGAUGGCAGGAAUCUUUGCCCCAGUGAUGUACUGGGCCGUACGCACUACCCUCUGUAGUGCCUUGCGGUCGGAGGCCAAGCAGUUGCCAUACCAGGCGGUGAUGCAACCAGUCAGGAUGCUCUCGAUGGUGCAGCUGUAAAAUCUUUUGAGGAUCUGAGGACCCAUGCCAAAUCUUUUUAGUCUCCUGAGGGGGAAUAGGCUUUGUCGUGCCCUCUUCACGACUGUCUUGGUGUGUUUGGACCAUGAUAGUUCGUUGGUGAUGUGGACACCAAGGAACUUGAAGCUCUCAACCUGUUCCACUACAGCCCCGUCGAUGAGAAUGGGGGCGUGCUCAGUCCUCUUUUUUUUCCUGUAGUCCACAAUCAUCUCCUUUGUCUUGGUCACGUUGAGGGAGAGGUUGUUGUCCUGGCACCACACGGCCAGAUCUCUGACCUCCUCCCUAUAGGCUGUCUCAUCGUUGUCGGUGAUCAGGCCUACCACUGUUGUGUCGUCGGCAAACUUAAUGAUGGUGUUGGAGUCGUGCCUGGCCAUGCAGUCAUGGGUGAACAGAGAGUACAGGAGGGGACUGAGCACACACCCCUGAGGGGCCCCCGUGUUGAGGAUCAGUGUGGCAGAUGUGUUGUUACCUACCCUUACCACCUGGGGGCGGCCCGUCAGGAAGUCCAGGAUCCAGUUGCAGAGGGAGGUGUUUAGUCCCAGGAUCCUUAGCUUAGUGAUGAGCUUAGAGGGCACUAUGGUGUUGAAUGCUGAGCUGUAGUCAAUGAAUAGCAUUCUCACGUAGGUGUUCCUCUUGUCCAGGUGGGAAAGGGCAGUGUGGAGUGCGAUAGAGAUUGCAUCAUCUGUGGAUCUGUUGGGGCGGUAUGCAAAUUGGAGUGGGUCUAGGGUUUCUGGGAUUAUGCUGUUGAUGUGAGCCAUGACCAGUCUUUCAAAGCACUUCAUGGCUACAGACGUCAGUGCUACGGGUCGGUAGUCAUUUAGGCAGGUUAUCUUAGAGUUCUUGGGCACGGGGACUAUGGUGGUCUGCUUGAAGCAUGUUGGUAUUACAGACUCAGUCAGGGACAUGUUGAAAAUGUCAUGGCGGUUAAUGUCAGUGUUCCUCUCAUCAGGAAUAUUGCCACCAUAGGUGUGUUCUACGCCCUCCCUGUCAUCCAGCUGGUCAUCACUUAUCAAACGGUACUGUGUGCUACCCUCACUCACACUCCAACUGCAGAUUUACUACAUUAUUACAGAGUUAUAACAAGUGCAUUUGUAGUGUGUAAAGGAAUUGCCAUCAAGUGAGUAGAUAUGACUGUAGAAUCCACACAUGGUGGGUAGUGUGUUGUUGUUGAUAUGUUCCUCUCUCCUCCAGGUUGUCAACGUGACAGGAAAUCAGGACAUCUGCUACUACAACUUCCUGUGUGCACACCCCCUGGGGAAUCUGAGGUGUGUGUGUGUGUGUAAUAACGGAAAACGCCUAUGGCUGUGCAUGUAAUGUAUGACUUGUAUCAUUCAUGACAUUCCUUCUCUACCCUCUGGUGUGCAGUGCCUUCAACAACAUACUGAGUAACCUUGGUUACGUGAUGCUGGGCCUCCUCUUCCUGCUCAUCGUGCUGCAGAGAGACAUCAUCCACAGCAGAGCGCUGGACCACAACGACCUCAACGCGCUGGUGAGAGAUCAAACUGCGAUGGUGCUUUUGUUUUUAUAUAUUUUGGGGGGUAUUUUGUAGUUGUCUUUUAUUGACAGGUGUAGAUUAGAGUAUGUGACGGGUAGAACUAUGACAGGGAUACAGUACAGAGGAACUGGGGGAUCGAACCGCUGCCUCCAGGGGCAAUAUGUGGUCCAGGGGUGGCAGCACAACCUCUAAACCAACCCCUGGCACAGAUAGUGUGUUAUAGCAGUGGGAUGCACAAUAGAACAUGAAAUGCACACAUAUUGGUAUUUCCAUGUAUGGAAUUCAUAUCACCACCCAUGAUGUUGAAAUUAGGGUUUUGUCCAAAUGAUAUUUCCUACAGACUAUGGAAUGUUCCAUACCAGUAAGCAGGUUUCCAUCCAAACUUUUUAUGUGAGUAAAGUACAUUUCACGACAUGCCUGAUGGAAACAGCAAAUUUGUCGGUAAACUUUCCAAAUGUCGACGAAACUAAAUAUGCUAGACAAGGUGGGUUUUAUGGGGGUUUUGUGUAGGUCAAAUUAAUUAUGUAAGAAAUUUCGGUGGAAAUGCCUUUUAUGCGCAAAUAUUGAUAAAAUAACCAUCAUAUCAAAGUAAACUUGGAGUCAUGCAAUGAUAUGUUGUGUGGUCCUCCCACUUGAUUAGGGAAAGCAUGCGGCUUAUUAGGCUACAGAUUAAAUAAGUUAUGAUGAAUUUCACAGGGUUUUGAUGAGCUUGAGGCUCCUUUCCAAUAACUAUCUUAUUCUGGUGACAUGAUGAUUGAUGUUGGCUGUAAAAAUAAAAAAAAGUAAAAAUUCUCGCUCUUUUGUCGAUAAAAUCUCAUGUAGGCUAUGCCCGCACUGUAUCUGCCAGCUGUUGGCUAGAGCGCUCGUGCCAAGACCAUAGUGGGCACAUUCCCUAUAUAAAGGAACAUUUUUAGUGACAAAACCAUCAGUAGAGUUGAAAAUGUGAUGGAAACCCAUUUAAUUUGUCAAAUGUAACCGCAAAAGUUAUUUUUUGUGUACUGCAUCAUCAAAGAAAAAAAUGUAUGUCCACAACUCUGGUAUGCUCCCAGGGUGAUUUAAUCAGACGCACAAUAAAGACAACGUUUCCAUCUGAGUUGGCUCUUCGUCAGGUCAUACACCACUGUGAAACACACCUACUUAAAUAACCUCUAGAGGCAUAAACAUUGGAUAUGCAUAUUGUUCUCUUUUCACUACAUCAUCACACAGUCUUUUAUCCAAUGUUGGUGGGAAAAUGUGCAUAUUUUUUAUGCGGAUUUUAGAAUAUUUGCAUGAAAAUCUGUCGCCAAUUGGAUGGAAAUCUAGCUAGUGACAAUUAUAUCAUUUCGAGCCUCUGUCUCUCCCUCCCUGCCGGCCUCCAGGAGUGUGGCAUCCCUAAGCACUUUGGGCUGUUCUACGCCAUGGGCACAGCUCUGAUGAUGGAGGGGCUGCUGAGUGCCUGCUACCACGUCUGCCCCAACUACACCAACUUCCAGUUCGGUAAGACUGAGAGACUAAUGUCAUAGUUGGAUAAUUGGGAGAUCCUGAAGAUACUGUAAAACAAAUCCUCAAUAGAUGGGACUCACAAUCAGCCUAAGUCCCAGAUCGGUUCAUGUUGUCUUGCCAACUGCAUUGCUGUGACUGCAAGAUGGCACAAACAGAUCUGGGACUCGGGCUACAUCACAAUAACUGUACUGUAAGAUAUUCUGUAUUGUAAGAAAUGUCAUUAAUGUCACCCUUUCCUCCUCUGUCUCCCUGUCUGUCAGACACCUCCUUCAUGUAUAUGAUAGCUGGGCUCUGUGUGCUAAAGCUAUACCAGAAGAGACACCCAGAUAUCAAUGCCAGCGCUUACACUGCCUACGCCUGUCUGGCUGCUGUCAUCUUCUUCUCUGUGCUAGGAGUGGUGAGUGACUAGGGGCAUGGACACUGGCAGAGACUGGCAGAGGCAGACAGACAGAGACAGACAGGUAGAGAGAGGCAGAGACAGACAGGUAGAGACAGGCAGGCAGGCAGAGACAGGCAGGCAGGCAGAGACAGGCAGACAGGCAGGCAGGCAGAGAGAGGCAGGCAGGCAGGCAGAGAGAGGCAGGCAGGCAGGCAGAGAGAGGCAGGCAGGCAGAGACAGGCAGACACACAAAACACCCAACAGUAGACUUUCUGCAAGUGUGAAAUUCCUGAUGUAUCCUGAUGAUGGAGGUGUGUGUGUGUCUACCUGUGUGUGUUGUGUCCAGGUGUUUGGGAAGGGCAACAUGGUGUUCUGGAUCGUCUUCUCUGUCAUCCACAUCCUGGCCACCAUGCUGCUCAGCACCCAGCUCUACUACAUGGGCCGCUGGAGACUGGGUAAGGAGUCAAUCAAUCACAUUUAUUUAUUUGUUAUUUUUAAAAGCCCUUUUUACAUUAGCAGUUGUCACAAAGUGCUUUACAGAUACCCAGCCCAAAACCCCAAAGAGCAAGCAAUGCAGAGGCAGAAGCACAGUGGCUAGGAAAAACAACCUAGAAGGCAGGAACCUAGGAAGAAACCUAGGAGUAAGGGCUAGUAACAUUACAGGGGCUAAGGACAGGUGUCAGUCUAUUUGUUUGUGUUUCAGAUUCUGGCAUCCUGCGCAGGAUUGUGAAUGUGAUCUACACCGACUGUAUCCGCCAGUGCAGUGGCCCCAUGUAUAUUGUGAGUAUACAUCAGGGGAGAACUACUGCCCCCUCUCAUUGAAGACCCGGAAGUUCAAGGCCGACCGCGGUACUGCAAGCAUUGUUUGCAUAAAACACGAUCCUCCAUUAUAGUGAAUGGAAAAAUGACAAUCUUCGUGGUCAAUCUUUGUGUAACUAAAUACAAAUGUUUUGAAGACAAUCAUGGUACCAAUAAUUGCUUCUAAUGAACCAGAUGUACAGUAUGUCCUUGAACCAAUUUUAUUUUUAAAUCACACACAGAAGAAGUUUAAUUUAGUUUCUAAUGGCAGCCUUCUGUAGCCCGGUUGGCCUUCAACUUGAGUUACUCCGUGAGAGGGGGCAGCACUGAGCUAGGCUGCAACGUCACUUCCUAGAGUAGCUCAAACUGCGCAUCUUAUGUCUCCAUGAGACGCCAUCUUAACCGACUUAAUUUGGCUUCAAUACACUAUUGAGUCAUCACAUAGGAAUUAAUGGUGUCACGUGAUCGAUGGCUUUGUCCAUUCAUAUAUACGUUCAAGUAAACAUUUCUCGCUCUCUCUCGCUCUGUGUUAGGACCGAAUGGUUCUGCUGGUGAUGGGAAACAUAGUGAACUGGUCUCUGUGAGUAUUUCCUUCAUUCACUCACGAUCUUAUUCAGACUGGACUGCCUUUACUGCAGUGUUCUUUAUAUGUGACACAUUUUUUGAUUAUUUUGUUUUCGGUCAGGUUUGCAAGGUACAAUACAGAUCUGAAAUCUUAAUUUGAUCACUCAAAUUGCAUUAGGGUUUAAAGUGCAUUAGGGUUUAAAAAGGCUUCUUAAGUUUGUAAUUUCCACUUUAAAAUGUCAGACUUGAUUUGCCUUAACGAAAAAUGUAUCAAACCCUACAAAAAUGUCCAUUAAUUAUAAUCCACAUAAUAAUUCACAUUUCCUGUUGCUGAAGGAUUUUUUUCCUGCUGUGAGAAACGGGGUCAAAUUAAGAUGGCAGAUCUGUACAUUGUUUGACAUCAUCAUACAGUGUUCUUUAUCAAAGGUCUUUCAUACCUACUUUAAGUGAUGAAUGUAUGUCCCUUUCUGUCAAUGUGAUUUAUUGCAAGGUAUCCAUUUACUCUGUAGAAUAGUCAUUACACACCCACAUCUAUGGGUGGAGACUUUAGUAGAGUAGACAACUCAUCACUGUUGUGUUCUGUCUGUCCAGAGCUGCCUAUGGGUUACUAAAGACGCCCAAUGACUUUGCCUCUUACCUGCUGGCCAUCGCCAUCUGCAACCUGCUACUCUACUUUGCCUUUUACAUCAUCAUGAAGGUGUGCGUGCUGGGGGAGCGUACCGGGGGCCUUCAGAUGCGGCUUGUGGGCGUCCUAGAGCAAACUGGAGAACGCCUUCGUGAGAGUCUCAUCUUUCAUAAUACGUUCGGACGCUACAGACGUUUCUGUUAGAAGACCUAUUUUUCGGGAUGUCUUGUGGUCUGACAAACACCGCUCUAGCUUUGCCACCUUUCACCGCAGAUGCGGAAGGGCGAUAUUGGUGGAUGCGGCGGAUUGAGACACAGCCCAUGCAAACGAUGUCUCUAGCUUAAACAGAUGGAUUUUGUUAUGUUAAUUAGAUUUCCGCGGGGGCGCGGAAAUUGUAGGCUAAGGGUUAAAAAAUGUAUAAUAAAUAUUAUCUUAACUAACUUCUACAAAAUAAUGAUCUGUCAAUCAGUGUGAUUCAGAGGCAGACAAGAAGCCCAUCUCUGUAGCUCCAACACCCUCAGAAUAGCUUCCAGUUUCCUCCAUCGCCUCAUCAUCAAAGAGCCACUGCUCGUCACUCCUCCCACACCAAAGCCUUAGUCCUCUCAUGGUGUAUGAUGUUCAGGGUCUCUCUCACUGUCACUCUGUAAAAGAGAAAACAGCGCCUCACCUCCCUGUACAAGUCGACCAGACGGCUCUGCUCCUGCUCAGGCAGGUACUAGCUGUUCUCAAGGACCAUGGCCAUGUGUCUGAGCUGGUUUGUCCAGUACUGCCCGCACUGCCACAGCUCUAGGCCGCCCACCUCCACAUGUGCCAUCCAUGGUACAGCCUGGACAAAUUGAUGGUUAUAGUCGCUCAUUAUUGAGAAAUUGAUCAAUCUUCGAAAGCAGGAGCAAGUCACACUUCUAGUCUUGAGGUUGCUGCCACCAAAACUGAGUUCCAAAGCAACAUUGGCACCUAACACCCAAACAGUCUCAAUUCGAAACAUUCCACUAUAGUUGCUCUAUUCAAUUGUUGAAAAAUGUCAAUGUGUUUUUAUGAUUUAGAAUCACCAUGGGAAUGAAAGAUGAUUUUAAAUCAUCAAUGAUUCUGACUCUUAGCAACAGACAUUCUAAAUUCAAACAUUCUACCAAAUGUGCUUUGUUUGAUUGUUGACGUAUUCUAACAGUAUUGUAUAUAGAAAGUGCACAUCUGACACAUGAAACAACAGAACAUGUUAUGGGUGUACAAUAACAGAUUGUUGUGUUUCUGUGAAUGUGUGUGUAGCUCCGCAGUGGUGAGAGAAUCCAGUGCAUGGCCAUGGUGUGUAUCCUCUUCACGGCCGUAGUGUGGGGCUUCGCUCUCUUCUUCUUCUUCCAGGGCCUCAGCACCUGGCAGGUCAGCAUCACACACACCUACUACACACACACACACACACACACACAGACUAUGACCUUACAGCUCAGGGGCUUCCACCACACGAGGAGAGGUUUGGGAACCCAUGCCCUAUGGGACUCAUGGUAUCUGUAGUACCACACUUGAAAACAUCACAUGCUCACACACUACAUGUUUACACAUCAGAGUUCAUGGUCACAUAACCCCAACAUUCAAACGUCACUGUGGCGUUGACGGCUUUGUCCCCUCUCCCCCGCCGUAGAAAACCCCAGCCGAGUCCCGGGAACACAACCGUGAUUGCAUCGUGCUCUCCUUCUUCGACGACCACGACAUCUGGCACUUCCUGUCUUCCAUUGCCAUGUUUGGUUCCUUCCUGGUGAGUUUGUAUUUGUGUGUGUGUGCACGCCUCUGGGGAGGACCAUGUGACACUCAUUUCAUAGUAUUAUAAAAUGGAGGGGAAUACACAGAUUUCGCACCAUGGUUAUUGCACACGUCAUUCAGUAAUAGGAAAUCAUGAGUGGCUGAGCAUUGAUGAAGACCUCACAUUCCUGAACCAUACAUACCCAGAUAGUAACAUCUCAGAUAGUGACUGACUCCUUUGCUUUCUGACAGGUUCUCCUCACCAUGGACGAUGACUUGGACAAUGUCCAGAGAGACAAGAUUUUCGUCUUCUGAGAAAGCAACUCUCUGGCUCCGCCUUAAUGUUUCUCGCUGGCCAAUAGUGACACAGUGGCAACUGAGACACCCAAUGGCCUGUCUCCCUGACUGCAGGCGGGCUGGGCAUCUCUCAGCCAAUCAAAGAGCUGGGGAAGGACGGUGCGCCGUCCCCCGAGUUGGAAUCUGUAUGGACACUCGGCGUGCCAAUCAAUGAGUCUGGUUCACCAGGACAUGCUGACAUUUCGCCUUACUGCCAUCCAAUAUUACUGUGGUCGUUGUUUUCUUAUUGCGGAUAAAGAUAAUGUUAACAGUUCGAAUUUAUUUUAUAUUGCAUCAUUAUUGACCUGCAACUCCAUCAAUGCAUUUAAACAUGUAUAGACUGUGUGUGCCUGUGUAUAUAUGAUUGAGCAUAAGUGUGUGUGUGUGUGUGUGUGUGUGUGGGAACACACUCCAUGUCCAGUCUGUCUGUGGCCUUAAAUGUUCUAAUCAUGUGCGUGGUCUGUAUGUAUGUAUUUCUAUGGCUCAGUCGGAUACUGUACGCCGGAUGGGAAUGGAUCUGUCCCUGAGCGAUAAAUGAUUGUAUUUUAAUUACUAACUACGUCCUUAGCUGGUGAGGAAAAUAUAUUUUGCACUGUAGGAUA